CAGAGGUCCUCCUUUUUAGGAGACCAUUGAGGAAAAACAGCAAAGCCUCCUUUUGUCUAAUGGACUUUUUAGCAUGCAACACGUUUCCCUUUUCUUUCUGUUGAGAACCCCUGCUAUUCUUCCACUCAGGGGUCCCAACCGUUGGUAGGAGAAAAGGUGGUGUUUCCGGCAAAGUGCUUUUUUGGACACAAACCUUUCGCCGGAACCCAGAUUAAGCACUUAAUGUGAAUUCUGAGAUACAAUAACAAUAACAAUGUCUUCUCCACAUAACUCUUCUCCUGAUAAUGAAACCCCGGAUAACUCCACCCCUGAUGACGCUGACAACUCAUCUUCACCAUCAUCACAAUCACCACCUCCAUCAUCACCACCGCCAUCAUCACCACCUCCAUCAUCGCCACCACCAUCGUCACCACCUCCGUCGUCACCACCGCCAUCUUCUUCAUCAUCGCCACCACCCUCGUCGCCUCCACCAUCAUCUUCAUCAUCACCACCCUCUCCUUCCCCUCCAACAUCAAACAAUCCAAGCCCUCCAUCACCUAAUGGGUCCUCACAGUCACCUUCUCCACCCGGAUCAUCACGUUCUCCGCCCUCCUUUGAAUCACCGUCUCCUCCACACAAAUCUUUAGAUUCUCCACCGUCCUCAAGGAACUCUGGCAGUGGCAGUGACAGUGGCAGCCGUGAUAGCAAUGGCGGUGGCGGUGACGACAGCAGCAAGGCCAUAGUUGGAGCAGUGCUUGGCAUAGGAAGCGUGCUUCUUAUUUUGGUCAUUGUUUGCGUUGUUUGCUCCAGGAAGAAGAAGAAGAAUAGAAUGUACUAUUAUGCAGGAGAGCAAUCCAUGGGAAAAGGGAAUAAUAAUAACUAUUACAAUAGCGGGCAACACCCAAAUUAUUACGGAGGUCCACAUGGGGACCAUGUUGUGAGGAUGCAACAAAAUGGAAUGGGUCCUGGUGGCGGAGGGUGGGGUGCACCACCACCACCUCCUCCAAUGAUGAUGAGUAGUGCUGAGUUUAGCUCCAAUUACUCGACGGGACCGGCCCCGUUGCCUCCUCCCUCACCAAACCUUGCUCUGGGCCUCAAAGGGGGCACCUUCACUUACGAGGAAUUAGCAGCUGCCACCAACGGAUUCAAUGAUGCAAAUUUGAUAGGACAAGGUGGAUUCGGCUAUGUCCAUAAGGGUGUGUUGCCUAGUGGAAAGGAAGUGGCAGUUAAGAGUCUUAAAGCAGGUAGUGGCCAAGGAGAGCGAGAGUUCCAAGCUGAGAUUGACAUCAUUAGCCGCGUCCAUCAUCGCCAUCUCGUGUCACUUGUUGGAUACUCAAUUUCUGGUGGCCAGAGGAUGUUGGUCUAUGAAUUUAUUCCCAAUAACACAUUGGAAUAUCACCUCCAUGGAAAGGGUAGGCCUACCAUGGAUUGGCCAACUAGAAUGCGGAUUGCAAUAGGAUCCGCUAAAGGGCUUGCUUAUCUUCAUGAGGACUGUCAUCCUCGUAUUAUCCAUCGCGAUAUCAAAGCUGCAAAUGUCCUUAUUGAUGAUAGCUUCGAAGCAAAGGUUGCUGAUUUUGGAUUGGCUAAGUUGACUACUGAUAAUAAUACUCAUGUAUCGACUCGUGUCAUGGGAACUUUCGGGUACCUAGCCCCUGAAUAUGCAUCAAGUGGAAAAUUGACAGAGAAGUCUGACGUUUUCUCAUUUGGAGUCAUGCUAUUGGAACUCAUAACUGGGAAGCGACCUGUUGAUCACACAAAUGCCAUGGACGACAGCCUAGUAGACUGGGCUCGACCACUUCUGACUCGUGGACUAGAGGAGGAUGGCAACUUUGGAGAGUUGGUUGAUGCAUUUUUAGAGGGAAACUACGAUCCUCAAGAACUGUCAAGAAUGGCAGCUUGUGCUGCCGGUAGCAUUCGUCAUUCUGCCAAAAAACGUCCAAAAAUGAGCCAGAUUGUAAGAAUAUUGGAAGGAGAUGUCUCACUGGAUGACUUGAAAGAUGGGAUUAAGCCGGGGCAAAAUGUUGCUUACAACUCUUCAUCUAGCUCAGAUCAGUAUGACACAAUGCAAUACAAUGCUGAUAUGCAGAAGUUCAGAAAGGCAGUGUUUUCUAAUAGCGAGGAAUUUGGCACCAGCAGUGGCUCCAGUGGUGAAGUAAGCCAGAAGCAGCAACGGCUCUAGAUUGCGGAACUAGUGAGAUUAGCAAUUCUAGUAUUAAUUGCUGAUAACACACGUGAAAGGAAAAAAUGGAAAAAAAAAAUAAAAAAAUCAAGAGUGUUGCUGUUUUUUAUUGUUUCAUUGGCAUGGGAAGUGAGGUCUCAAUUUGUAGAGAACUGAACUUGACGCCUUCGUUUCAGGGUGUGUUUGAUGAGGCAUACAAUCAAUGUUACUUGUAUCUUUUGUUCAAUGUUUUAUAUAUCUUUAAUAUGGUUAUUGUGUACUUUGGGAUGUAUAGGCAUACAUUUGGAAUGGAAUCUUGAACAUAAAUAUAACUCGUAUUAUUAA